AUGGACUCGAAGAACGCCUUAGAUCCGAAUGCUCCUGAACUAAACAUAACCGUCAGUCCAGAAGAACUAUCGUCGCCUGAGAAUAUGAACUCAAAGAACGCCUCAGAUCUGGGAGCGAAUGAUGCCCCAGCACUAAACUUGACAGGAGUAAUCAACUCCCAGUCUGCGCCACCUGUCGGAAACGGGUUAGGGAACCAACUCCGUCAGCCCAAACCGGGCAGGGAGCGAAAUCAUCAACACUUAAUCUUGUCUGGUAAAGUCGGCAGGCAACUCACCGACCAGCAACUUCGCGACAUACUGCAGAAAUCUCCGAAUGAGCGGGACGAGUUUGCAAGAAUCACCAAUGCUGAUUACGUCUCUCAAUUUGUUCCUCGUGAACACGAUGGGUUCUUCAUUGAUGACGACUUAGCGGCGAGUAUACUGCAAACCGGCACAGAAAAAGCUGUGUACAAACGCUUUACACACAAAGGACAGAUCGAAGAAUGGUAUUCUCAGGUCACAAAGAAUGGCUAUUUCAGCAUAACUGCAUGUUGGUAUGGUGAAAAGCCAGAAAUCCCUGACUGCUUCAAGGAUCUGCCAACUCUCAUUAGGUUGGAGGAAUGCGAGUACGACCCAGCAAGCUUUCGCUAA